CAGCUCUCCCUUUAAAAUUUGGAUUCUCUGAUCACCUGGGCACAGUAAACACCCUAAUACACUCUGAAGUUACAUCUCUCAGAAGGUCACUCAUCUUGGGAUUCUUGCCAUCCAGGACAAAUGGACGUCUUUGGCUCUACUUCUCUUUUCUCUUCCCCUUCCCCUUCCCCUUCUUACACCUUUCCAUUUCUCACUAACCUCUCCCUUCCCUCAUCCUCUCCUUCUCUCUCCCCAUCCCCAAGUGUAGCCUCCACUGCUCUCUUCUGCUUUUUCCUAUCCCUCCUUUCUCUACUGGGCAUUCUGGGCAACCUGUACACCCUGGGGCUUCUGAUUCGCCGCCGCAGGAUGUCAAGGCGGCGGCGUACCUCUCCUACCUGUUGUUACAGCUCCUCUUGCCUCGGCACCUCCUCCCCUUCUUUCUCUCCCUCCUCCUCCUCUCCCACCUCGUCCUCCUCCUCUUCCUCCCUUCACCUGCAGGUUCUGAGUCUGGCUUUAGCAGACCUGGUGUACCUCUCCACUGCCCCCUUCAUCGUGUACGACAGCCUGGCGUCUGACUGGGCCUUCGGUGAACUAGGCUGUCGGCUCCUACUCAGUCUGGAUUUGCUCACCAUGCACGCAAGUAUCUUCACCCUCACUGCUAUGAGUCUGGAUAGGUAUCGAGCUGUGGCCGAUCCGUUGGCAGCCUCGUCCACACCUUCCUCUGGACUCCUGCGAGUCGCUUUGGCCUGGGGCUUUGCCGUGGCUCUCAGUUUGCCCAUGAUGAUCACUUUGCACCUCGAGGAUGGAGAGAACCAGGAAGGCAAGUUGUGCGUUCCCGCCUGGGACGAGCAGAGUUCGAAAGCCUACCUCAGUGUACUCUUCUGCACCAGUAUCCUAGGCCCAGGGCUGGCCAUCGGAGCUUUGUAUGCAGCUUUGGGGAGACUCUACUGGGUAUCUCAGACGCAGCCAGCUUGGGUCGGAGGGAGCAACGCCUACCCGCCCCGUGCACCUCGCCCCAAAGUCCUGCUCCUCAUCCUGGGAAUUGUGUUGACAUUCUGGGCUUGUUUCCUUCCAUUCUGGAUCUGGCAGCUUCUACCGUUGUACCGGCCUGAGGUUCUGCGCGUGGUGCCGGUGGGCACGCAGGUGACGAUUAAUCGCAUCCUCACAGGGCUGACUUAUGGAAACUCGUGUGUGAAUCCCUUCUUCUACACACUGCUGACAGGCAAGCGCAGGCGUCCCAGCAGGAAGGCCAUAAGUGCGGCUGCCCCACUCUGCAACAAGGGCAGCUCUGAACAACAAUAACAGCUGCCCACUAUUUUAUUCGCCAAUUAGUGCAGCCCAUGACCAAUAAGACUGUGCAUAGUUAUGUUCAUUACACAGAUUACUAAUUUUGGUGCUAAAGGGCUUAAAGAUUAUAGCUUUGUACGCCGUGCAAGUAUAAUAAUACUCUUUUAUCCAAGCCACUGAUGGUGUGUCUUCUCUGCUGGACCUUUUACAUAUAUAAUCAUAGUUCAUAUGAUCAGCAAUAUGGUCCCUGCAAACCAAAAUGAAAUAAUAAGUGAUGAAAUCUUACGGAAGCGUUUCUGAAAUCUUUAGGGUUUGUCACCUUUGACACAGCAAUCAAUUCUGGUCAAGCCGCUGUUAAAUACUAGUGGACAAAAAUGUGUGAAACAUCUGUUUAUAGGACAACUUGAAAGGGACAAAACAAGCUUUGUCAGGAUUCGUGAAUCGCCCCCAGGAUACUGUAAAAGCAGGUGUGAAACAUUUAACUUACCAAAUUGGUUUAAGUGCAAAGGAGAAAUUACAUGGAUUUGGCUCAAAGCUAAAGGACUUGUCAGAGUUUGCUCUUUUGAGGAGGAUAAAUCACUUCAGUCACGAAGCCAGGAUAAACAAUCACCAUUCUCCAAUAGGACAUUAUGUUCUCCAUGAGGUACUUCAUUAUAACUAAAACCCAAUUUUAGCCAACAGAUCUGUUACAAUCCUGACUUUGUGUAUUUAUUGGCACCUUAUUUGAGUCAUUCAUUUUUUUAUUCUACCUGAUUCUGUUUUUUUUUUUUGUCGCAAUUAAAUUGAAUUAUGCAAUUUUAAACAAAAUUUAAAAUUUUGAACCACUCUUAAAAAAACAGUAGUCAACAUUUGAAGUGGAUCAAAACCUU